AUGAUCAGCAUUGUCAUCACAUCGCAGGUCCACUGUCACGACUUCCACCGAAGAACCCCACUCCCCCAGUUUACCCCCAACCAGAACCCCACUCCCCAGUUUACCCCCACCAAAGAACCCCCUCAGUUUGCCCCACUCCCCCAGUUUACCCCCACCCAGAACCCCCUCAGUUUACCCCACUCCCCAGUUUACCCCCACCAGAACCCCACUCCCCCAGUUUACCCCCCACCAGAACCCCACUCCUCCAGUUUACCCCCACUCCCCCAGUUUACCCCACUACCCCACCAGAACCCCACUCCCCCAGUUUACCCCACCAGAACCCCUUCAGUUUACCCCACUCCCCCAGUUUACCCCCACCAGAACCCCACUCCUCCAGUUUACCCCCACCAGAACCCCACUCCCCCAGUUUACCCCCACCAGAACCCCACUCCUCCAGUUUACCCCCACCAGAACCCCACUCCCCCAGUUUACCCCCACCAGAACCCCACUCCUCCAGUUUACCCCCACCAGAACCCCACUCCCCAGUUUACCCCACCAGAACCCCACUCCCCAGUUUACCCCACCAGAACCCCACUCCCCCAGUUUACCCCCACCAGAACCCCACUCCCCCAGUUUACCCCCACCAGAACCCCUUCAGUUUACCCCACUCCCCAGUUUACCCCCACCAGAACCCCACUCCUCCAGUUUACCCCCACCAGAACCCCACUCCCCCAGUUUACCCCACCAGAACCCCACUCCCCCAGUUUACCCCACCAGAACCCCACUCCCCCAGUUUACCCCACCAGAACCCCACUCCCCCAGUUUACCCCCACCAGAACCCCACUCCUCCAGUUUACCCCACCAGAACCCCACUCCCCCAGUUUACCCCCACCAGAACCCCACUCCCCCAGUUUACCCCACCAGAACCCCUUCAGUUUACCCCACUCCCCCAGUUUACCCCCACCAGAACCCCACUCCUCCAUUUACCCCCACCAGAACCCCACUCCCCCAGUUUACCCCCACCAGAACCCCACUCCCCCAGUUUACCCCCACCAGAACCCCUUCAGUUUACCCCACUCCCCCAGUUUACCCCCACCAGAACCCCACUCCUCCAGUUUACCCCCACCAGAACCCCACUCCCCAGUUUACCCCACCAGAACCCCACUCCCCCAGUUUACCCCACCAGAACCCCACUCCCCCAGUUUACCCCACCAGAACCCCACUCCCACAGUUUACCCCCACCAGAACCCCUUCAGUUUACCCCACUCCCCCAGUUUACCCCCACCAGCACCCCACUCCCCCAGUUUACCCCCACCAGAACCCCACUCCCCAGUUUACCCCACCAGAACCCCACUCCCCCAGUUUACCCCACCAGAACCCCACUCCCCCAGUUUACCCCACCAGAACCCCACUCCCACAGUUUACCCCCACCAGAACCCCUUCAGUUUACCCCACUCCCCCAGUUUACCCCCACCAGCACCCCACUCCCCCAGUUUACCCCCACCAGCACCACACUCCUCCAGUUUACCCCCACCAGAACCCCUUCAGUUUACCCCACUCCCCCAGUUUACCCCCACCAGCACCCCACUCCCCCAGUUUACCCCCACCAGCACCCCACUCCCCCAGUUUACCCCCACCAGAACCCCUUCAGUUUACCCCACUCCCACAGUUUACCCCACCAGCACCCCACUCCCCCAGUUUACAGCCACCAGAACCCCACUCCCACAGUUUACUCCCACCAGCACCCCACUCCCCAGUUUACAGCCACCAGAACCCCACUCCCCCAGUUUACCCCCACCAGAACCCAAAUCCUCCAGUUUACCCCCACCAGAACCCCUUCAGUUUACCCCACUCCCCCAGUUUACCCCCACCAGAACCCCUUCAGUUUACCCCACUCCCCCAGUUUACAGCCACCAGCACCACACUCCCCCAGUUUACCCCCACCAGCACCCCACUCCCCCAGUUUACCCCCACCAGCACCCCACUCCCCCAGUUUACCCCCACCAGCACCCCACUCCCCCAGUUUACCCCCACCAGCACCCCACUCCCCCAGUUUACAGCCACCAGCACCCCACUCCCCCAGUACUGGUGACAGUGGUGAGCUAG